AGUUACCAAUACCCGGAUUUCCUAGAUCAAGACGAUGAAUUCAUAGAAUUUGAUUCGUACCUAGUACCAGAAUCUGAUUUAGAAGAUGGUGCUUUAAGAAUGUUAGAGGUAGAUAACAGAGUAAUCGUACCAGAGUUAACUCAUGUUAGAUUUAUUAUAACUGCUGCCGAUGUCAUUCAUUCCUUUGCUGUGCCUGCCUUAGGUAUAAAAUGUGACGCUUAUCCAGGAAGACUGAACCAAGUAUCUGUACUUAUUAACAGAGAAGGUACAUUCUACGGUCAAUGUAGCGAAAUCUGCGGAAUCUUACACAGUUCUAUGCCAAUCGUGGUAGAAUCAGUCUCCCUGGAAAAAUUC